AUGGGUGGUCUCUUGACUGGCGACGCGUGGGUCGCGCAGUUCCCCGAGAUCAACACGAACAAGGGCGCGAAUGGGUCUUCCUCGCUCCAGGGUACAGUCGUGGCCAUCUACGAGAUUGGGUGUCUCUUCGGCUCGCUGAUCGCGUUCGCAAUCGGCGACUAUCUCGGCCGGCGACGAAUGAUCAUGCUCGGCAGCGUGAUCCUCAUCAUUGGGGCUGCGCUCCAGACUGCCGCGUACGGCAUCCCACAGUUCAUUGUCGGCCGCAUCGUAGCAGGCAUCGGUAACGGUAUCAACACGUCCACUGUGCCUCUGUGGCAUAGCGAGACGACGCGCGCGCAUAAUCGCGGCAGGGCGGUGGCGACCGAGCUGGCCAUCAACACGUUCGGCACGAUGUCAUCUUACUGGAUCGACUACGGCUUCUCGUUCGUCAAGAACCAGUCGCAGUUCCGCGCGCCGCUCGGGUUCCAGAUGGCCUUUGCGAUCGUGACGCUCGUCCUGAUCCAGUGGUGUCCCGAGUCGCCGCGAUGGCUGCUCUCGCGCGGGCGGGAUGCCGAUGCGCAGGCGGUGCUGAGGCAGCUGUCGGUCGAGCCACUCGCGUACCGCGAUGCAGUGGUCGACGCCGAGUUUAAGCAGAUCACCGAGUGGAUCGCCGAGGAGAAGGCAGCACUCGUGCGCGACGGAAAGCCAAUCUCGCAGUUCCGCGCGUGCUUCACGAACGGCAAGGACCGGUACUUCCACCGCCUGGUGCUCGGCAUGGGCUCGCAGUUCAUGCAGCAGCUGUGCGGCAUCAAUGCGAUCGCGUACUACUCGGCCGUCAUCUUUGAGCAGUCGGUCGGGCUAGCGCGCAACACGUCGCUGCUGCUGGCCGGCGGCAACGGCAUCGUCAACCAUCUCGCGUCGAUCCCGCCCAUCUUCAUCAUUGACCGCAUCGGACGGCGCAAGCUCAUGAUCUGGUCGGUGGCGGGACAGGCAGUGUGCAUGGCCCUCAUGGCGGGCGGGACGAGCAGGACCGCGCAUGGCCCCGGCAUCGUGGCGACGACGGGCAUCUUCUUCUUCUCCUUCUUCUUUGCCUCGGGCCUGCUCUCCGUCCCCUGGCUCUACCCGACCGAGAUUGCGCCGCUUCCUAUCCGAACCUGCUCUGCGGCGCUUGGUUCGGCAUCCAACUGGAUUUGGAACUUUGUCGUGGUCGAGAUCACGCCCAUUUCGCUCCAUUCGAUCGGGUACAAGACGUACAUCUACUUUGCCAUCUUCAACGCGCUCUUCGUGCCGCUCAUCUACUUCUUCUAUCCCGAGACCCGGCAGCUCUCGCUCGAGAACGUCGAUCUGCUCUUUACUGGGCCCAAGGUGCUCAUGCACCUGCCCGAGGAGCUGCGUGUCCCGGAGCCUGUGGUGAGCACGACCUCGCCUCAACCCGAUGUGGAGAAGAAGGGAGACAGUGGCUCUUAUGUCGUGCACGCUGAAUUCAAAUAG